AUGCCCACCGCAUCAGGUUCCUCAAAACCACCCUCUGCAACGAGCUCAAAACCAUCAUCGGUCAAGUCUCAGGAUGGCGUCAAGAAAUCCCCCGGUCUAACACCACACAACGGUGCGGCCGCUGUCAACGGAAACCCUUCUUCAGACACCCACCUGAAGCCUACCGACAAGACUUCUGUUAAAAAUCGCCUCACUCGCAUGUUCUCGUCCAAGGAUACGUCAAGAGUCCCAACGCCUGCCCCUUCGACCGUCGACCUACCCAGCCGCCCACGAGCCAACUCGACGAAUGGCACCUCUACACCCGCAGGAAAGACAUCAUCAACUGAGAAGGGUAGCGACAAGCCAGCACAAAAACCCACCGACAAGGCCGCAACUCCCAGCAAACCUACAACGAAAUCAGCCGGUAAAGAGCCCUCCCAGCGUUUCGUUCUAGAUCCAGAGUUUCAAGGAGGCCACGAACACCAUCUACGAUCCAGCCGACGUCAAGAGAAGCUCUCGGAUAUGUGGAGAGCACUCCUUGGCAAGAAACAUGAGGAAACGCCCGAACACGACCUGUCACUUGUCUCGAACUGGGUAGACACUCUACAACAGGAGAAAGAUGAAGCUGGUGACAAGCGAAACGGCCCCAAUGCAACGACAACUCUAGUCGAAAAAUACGGCAAAUGCCAAGAGGUAGUCGGACGUGGUGCAUUUGGUAUUGUUCGAAUCUCCCACAAGAAAAUCGGAGGCAGCAAUGAAAAGCUCUUUGCUGUCAAAGAGUUCCGACGCAGGCCCGAGGAGACUGAGAAGAAAUACAGCAAGCGUCUCACAGCUGAGUUCUGCAUAUCUUCGUCCCUCCGACACCCCAACGUUAUCCACACGCUUGACUUACUCAAGGACGCCAAGGGUGAUUAUUGUGAAGUCAUGGAGUUCUGUGCUGGAGGAGAUCUCUACACCCUCGUCCUUUCGAGUGGGAAGCUUGAGGUUCAAGAGGCCGAUUGCUUCUUCAAACAAAUGAUGCGUGGUGUGGAGUAUCUCCAUGAAAUGGGUGUGGCCCAUCGUGAUCUCAAGCCCGAGAACUUGCUUCUGACAACUCGUGGCGCCCUUAAAAUUACAGAUUUUGGCAACGGAGAGUGCUUCCGAAUGGCUUGGGAAACAGAUGCGCACAUGGUAUCUGGCCUUUGUGGCUCUGCCCCUUAUAUCGCCCCCGAGGAAUACACGGAUAAGGAGUUCGACGCCAGAGCUGUAGAUGUGUGGGCUUGUGGUGUUAUUUUCAUGGCAAUGCGUACCGGUCGCCACCUCUGGCGUUUGGCCAAGAAGGAUGAGGAUGAGUUCUAUUGCCGAUACCUUGAGGGCCGCCGAGACGAAGAAGGCUACGGCCCCAUCGAGUCUCUUCAUCGGGCGCGCUGUCGCAACGUGAUUUACUCGGUUCUCGACCCUCAUCCUACCCGUCGUUUGACAGCUGCUCAGGUCCUUAAGUCAGAAUGGGUACGCGAGAUCAAGCUAUGCAAGGCUGGCGAAGAGGGUCUAUGA